AUGUUCAAGAUCAUUGCUAUCUCAGCCCUCGCUGCCCUCGCUCAAUGUGGAACUGUUGGAGUCGAAGCCUGGCCCGCCCUCCACCUCUUCACCACCUUCAAGACUGAUGCCUCCGUUUUCACCUGGGAUGGAAGCAAGCUCACCCCAUUCAAGGACGUGACUGCUACUCUUAAGGUCGACGGAGACAGAAACAAGAUCAAGAUUGAUGCUAAGGUCUCAAUCCCACUUGUUGGAAAGGUCAACGCUGAGGUUCUUGCUGACCUCACUGAAGGUAUGGCCUACGAGUAUGUCCCCUUCCUCGGACUCUGCCAAAAGACCCCAUUGAAUGUCACCCUUCAACUUAAGGAUGUCCUCCAAAAGGUCUACUCACCAAACGGUGGAAUUACCACCUAUGAUGGAGAAUCUACUGCCCCAUGGGACAACACCAAGAUGUACAAAUUCCACGGACAAGGUCCCGACGCCGUCGUCUCAGCCUACUUCGAUGAGACCCAAGAAAACGGAAAAUGGAUCCAAGAAACCCCAACUGACCCAAAGAACCCAGCUGUCGUUGUUUCAAUCCCCAACGGUGAAGUUCAAGCCACCUUCACUGAUGCCGACUUCGUUAUCAGUGGUUGCUCAAAGUUCGAGACUGAGAAGAGAAUUAACAUCUGGGCUUGA